AUGAGGCGUGGUUGUGAGGAGAAGGUGAAUGUCACCAGUGAGGCCUGGUUCGAUGCAGAGGAGGAACUUGGGGCUGCUGGCCAAAGCCUGAAAGAGGAGCGACGCAGAAAAGCGAUUGAGAGUGAGGGAAACGAAAAGGUGGACGACGGUGAUGGUGUCAGUGUCAGUUCCAGUUGCCACUUGCAUGUUACAGACUUCCAUCAGGAUGUAACUGAGGAGGAUCUGUUGCUUGCAUUUAAGAAAUAUCAACCAAGAGAAGUUUCUUUCACGAAGUCAAACAAGUCCAGGAGUGCCAACGUGACGGUGAGCUCACCUGACAACGCUGCAGCGGCGGCGCUAGAGCUCAGCGGCGCCUCCAUCCACGGACGGCCCGUCCAGGUGAGGCGCGUCAGCAGACCACCUGCAGCAGGCCCUGAGGGGGACCAGGCCUUCAAGAAGCCCCACGCUCCCUCUGCCCCCACACCUGCACUCUCAGGAGACGUGGCCAAGCCCGGGGGAGUGAAGAAGAGCGCUCCAUACGACAUGUCCCCCAAACCUGUUCGCUGCCGUAUGGAAAAGCUCUUAAACAUCAGUGACGUGCCGACGGCCACAGGCACCUACGUGCCGCCGCAGCAGCAGCCGCCCCCCACCACCAACACGGCCACCACGGUCACCUUUGGCACACUCAUGAGGCAGCUGGCAGAGCUUCACCCAUCGGUGGCCCGGGAGAAGAUUGUGGAGGCGCUGCUUGAAUUGCGCACCCAGCACCGUGGCUCCCUCAACUGCCUGUCACUGUGCGCUCUGGUGGAGAUGACCUCUGAACUCCUUACUGCACAGGCCUUGGACUCUGAGGAAUAGGCUAGUAUAGGGCUAGAAGAAGCGCAGUCUAAGAGGUUAGAGGGUGAGAAAGUCCCAUUUCUGGACAAAGAGGAAUUUGUAACCCUCUCUUCAUUUGUGUUUGUUUUUAAGUUUGUGUGAUUUUUUUUUUUUUUUUACAGACUGAGGAAAAUCAUUUUAUUUUAUAUUUCUACUACAGCUCCAGUGAUGGGUGUUUCUCAUCUGUCAGCUGAUGUGUUGUUUAUUGAGUGUGCACUGCAUUGAACCUGGGGGAAUCAGUUACUGGCCCCUAUGAUGCCUUUUGUAUAUCUUCAGUUAAGUUAAUAGACCUAGGAGUUAGGUCAACAAAGAGAGCAUCUACAGCAUAUUCCUUCGUUCUCAGUCAGGCUCAAGUUCAAAGUAUUAGCCUAGUGUUGCAACCAUACUUUCAACUGUAUUUUGUUUGAAAGCAGUGCAAAUAAACCUCAGUGCAUAAUUUCUCCUGAUCAUCCAAACCAUGGGCAUUAGGAAUUUUAACUGGCAUAAUCACCAUGGAAGGCUUUCAUAUAUACAGAUUUUUACUUAGCACAUGUAUAAUUUA